UACAAAAAUCAGCGAAAAAUUUUAGCUGCAACGUUUCGAAUUCUAGCUGGACUUCCCAGCGAAACAUUUUUUUGAGUGCGCGAAAAUGUUCCGCUCAAGCUUAGGGUGCAUUCUGACUCGAUGACGCGAUCAGUGGGAGCGAGUGUACGUUCGCUCAAACAGCGGAGAGCACAUCGGGUUUUGCUAUUGAAUUUCGAUUGAAGGAUGUUGGAUCCCGCCUCUUGUGAGCGGAGAGUCACUCGAAUUCGAGUGUGAUUCGGCUGUCCUCCGAGUGGAAGUUGCUCCCGAGAAAUCGAGAGGGUACGAUUUUUAGGCUCAUGCUGGCGGAAACGGGUAAAAGCUCGAGUAUCCUGCGAGUAGUCCUAGUUCCAGUGUUGAGGCUCACAUGACUGCUGCUGCUGCAGGUCGCUCGCUGCACUCGGAUGCGCACUCCGUCUUUAUAGAUCCCGCGGCGUGCGCGCGUUUACGGCGCGCGUGACACAUACCGCUGAUGGAUCUUUAUUUUAAGGUCUGUCUUCCACAUCCCUCGAGUCGCGCGAGCCGCUCAGUCGAUGCUCGCUCGACCGUCCCAUUUCACUUUAGACGCGCCCUUGCGUGGAAUAUCGUUGUAGUCGCGCGCUUCACCGGACGGCGGCGGGUGUAUCACUCACGCUCUCGCUUCUCCGCGUUUCUCUCCGCGAUAACACACUGAUCACCGAUGAUGGAGCAAGGCUUCCCGGGGCAGCACACCACUACGACGACGGUGACGACCAGCACGACGACCGUGCAGCCCAACGUGCGCUUCGAUCCGUCCUACGUGAGAACAGUGCCCGGCCUCUUGAAGAUCGUGCAGGUGGUGCUAAAUCUCCUGGGAUUCAUCUGCAUCACGGUCUCGACUCUGAGCAGUCACAGCCGGGGAGGAUGGUUCAAUACCGUGGCCAUGGGCGGCUUCUGGUUCACCGGGAUAUUGCUCGUGCUCUACUUGUUCCACAUCAUCGAGAAGUUCUCCAAAAUUCCGUGGCUCAAGAUUGAAUUCAUAUUCUGCACCAUAUGGACCGUUUUCUACCUACUGGCCGCUUCUCUCGCAGCUGAUUAUGCGCGUCAUUCAGAAGCCUUCGGUGUGGCUGCGUUCUUCGGAUUUUGCGCGAUGGUGGUGUACGGCUACGACGCUUGGCUGAAGUUUAACGCAGCAAAGAGCGGAGCCUUGGCGCAAGGCCAACACACGCCGAAACAAGUGUCCACCGUCACCAGCCCGGCGUACUAGAUCGACGGAGCGGGAGGUGAUGGAGGUGGCCCGAAGCGGACGGAUGGACCACACACACCGGUCGGUCAACUGUAACGAAUGAUCGACCGAUCGGCACAUAUCGUUACCUGCAUGUGGGGCCAGCCCUUUUGUAAUUUCCCGCGCCGAGAGGAGCGCUCAGGGAAGAAGCACGAGAAAGAGAGAAAGAGGGAGUGACACUCGUGCUUCUUCCACUCGAUGCUUUUUUUCGUUCAAUCGCACGUGUACGUGCGUGCGUAUGUAUCACCUACGCACAUAUACAACACAUCACAUUCACAUGACCUUCCCCUUUGAAGCUCUCGUUUUUCCUCUUGUACAUCGUAACAAGGCAAUAAUCUACACGCUUUAGCGUAAACGUUAACUUAUAUUCUAACGUGGGGCGAUGCCGCCGGCGCCUUGCCCUCCGACAAACAACGAUUGUUGAUAAUAAUAUGUUUUACAACGUUCUUUGCUUUCGAUCGACUGUUAUUUAUGCGACAACGCGUGUGUACAUACAUAAUUACCUAGACGUAUUUGCGCAUAUCACGUCUGUAAACGUUGUUGAAUCAAUGUGUCUUAAAUUAUUGUUAGAAUCGAGGCGACACCGGGCCUCUUUAGGCAUCGUUGUUACGGCGCGUUGCUCGCUCGCGUUUUGUACACGCGACAUCGAGCGGCUCUGUUGAUGCGAGUGCUAGAUCUAUUUUAAUCUCGCUCCUUGUCCGCAACCGACCCGGCCCAAUCGUGUUCCGCGACGAUUGUUUUCCACGGCAUGUUUCCGUCGACGAGAGCCGACUGGUCGGCAAAACGUCCCUAAAUUCCGUCGAUUUCCGACCCGAAAGUUCCACUGUGAAAUCUCGACGCAAUAGAUUCGACGCGGAGCGCGGAGCGUUGUUUCUAUAUAAAAUAGGCCCCGAACGCGCGAAUUCUCCAGUGUCAUUCGCAGCCAAGGGCAAAGGAGUUUGCGGGUAAAAAAUGAAACGCUGAGUCACCGCAACAAUCUUUCUCCCUUCUCGUCGUUCGUAGUCGUGUUAGACCGUCGUGUAGAUUUUCUAGAUCGUUCGAUAUCGCGCUUUGUCGUCCUACCCACCCACCCACCCACACGCACACAUACACACACACACACACACACACACACACACAGGGAUCAAACAAUACAGUCGCGACACUGUGCAAAUUUUACAUAGAGCGGCGUGAACAAAGUGAUGCCGACGAAGCAUAUUCAACGUCGUCAUUUGGCUCACGACGGACACAUAUAUAUCCGUGGCGGUCGUCAUCAUAUCGGAUGGUCGUAUCUCGUUACGCGCGGUAGGCGUUUAUAUCUCGCACGACGCGAUUGCACGAUUGCUCUCUCUCUCUCUCUCUCUCUCUCUCUCUCUCUCUCUCCGUCGCGGACGGGAAUAAUUUGUUGCUGUUUACGACCGACGAGUAAUUCGCAUCGUUUGCGACUCGCGAGACUGCGAGAUGUAUAUUUAUUAAUUUUGUUAUCUUCAUUGUGACCGAGUUUAUAUAUACACAUAGAUACAUCCGUCGAUGUGUACGCGAUGCAGUUAUACGCUAUAUCAAACGUCUGGUUGCAAGUUGCGGCGAGGCGAUGUGGAUGUUAAUAUACAUAAUGAUGGUUGACGAAAUGAGACCGAGGUGUCAAUGAGUGUACUCAACGAAAUAAAUCAUUUCGUUCAUCAU